GCUUUCCUCAUCCUCCCAACUUCUAGAGUAUCUCCCUUCAUACAAAUCAUCACUUUGUAUCUGUUCUGUAUCCAUAUAUGUAUAUAUACGUACAGGGGUGGAGUGGGAUUCAGUUUGGUUGGAGCUGAGAACACACACAAAGGAAUGAUAUAAAUAAGCCUGGAAAAGUGAUAAUAGAGUCAGAUAAUAAGAUUUCUUAAGUACCCACUAGGUGUCAAGCCCAGGACAUAAAAAAAUAAAGUACCUGCCUAAUGGGGGAGACAACAGACAAACCACUCCAUACACAUGAAAUCCAACAGCAUCAACUGAAGGUAACCGACAGAGGAAAAAUCCUAGCGUUAGGAAGAAGGCCUUUUACUCAGCAGGUAAGGAGGACCCAUGGACAUUUGAGGAUUUUCAUUUUUUCUUAAGCAAAGUGAUUUGCUCAGAUCUGCUGUUCACACAGCAGGUGGCAGACUGAAUCACCUGCGGGGACAGGAUGGAUUAGGGAGACCUACCUGGAAUGAAGGAAUGGAGAGACAGUAAGGAAGGACCCAAUUGGCUGUGGUUGGUCUUCAGGAGGGUCAGCCACUAAGGUGGUAGCUGUGGAGAUAGAUAUAGUAGAGGGAUGCUUGGCAGCUGAUGGGAUAUGAGAGGUAAGGGAGCACCAAGAGUCUAAAAUAAUGCUCUGGUUAUGAAUGUGGGAACAAAGGGGCCAUCAGGAAAGUGAGAGGGGGAAGCAGGUUUUUUUUUUUUUUUUUUUUUUAAGAGGGGGAGAAGUCCUUUCAUUUUAUACAAUGCAUUUAUUAAGUAUCAUAUAUAUAUGUAUAUAUAUAUACUGUAUCAUGUAAAAAAUACAAAGUAAAAAAACAAGCUAGUGUCUGCCUUUAGAAUCUACUGGAGGAAGGGGGAAGGGAGAAGGGGGAAGGGAGAAGGGGGAAGGAAUUCCACAUGGUUUCAGGUAAGCUUAGGACAGCUAAGAAAGGCCCUUUGGGACCUUUAGUCCCUUAGUGCUAAUAAGACCCUCAGGUAGAGGUGGUCUUGACAGAUAAGUCUGAGCCUCGGAGAAGAUUGGGGCAAAUUUGGGAGUCACCGGGAGAGACAGAUGGUAGGGGAAGCUUCCUGAGUGCAGAACACUGUUAAGAGAGCAUACCUGGAUCGAAAUGGGCAGAGGAAAGACCAUGGAGCAUAUAUUUAAGCCUACUGGCUAGACCAGUAGAAAGACCGAGAAAUUGUGGUCUCCAUGGAACCAAGGAAUCAGUAGGAGGGAGUGCUCAACAGUACCCCAAACUACAGUGACAAAAAGGAGGAUUUGGACUUUGAAAAAAAGACUCAGAUUUCAAAACUGGUUCCAAUAUGCAAAAUUCCAAAGAAAUCUCAAAAGUGGGGAAAGAAUUGUCAAUAAGUAGCGAGCAACAAAGUAACGAAAACAUAGUUGUAAACAGUAUCCAAAGAGUAGCAAUGAAGGAGAUCGUGGGAAAAAUGGGAUAGGAACCAAGGUAGAGUAAAUCAAAGGAAGACUAUUUCAGAAUGGGAGAUAGCCAAGCACAUUUGCAGACAAAUGGAAAAGAACCAGUGGCCUUGAAUAGGCUGAGGAUUCUUUUUUAUUAUUAUUAUUUUGAUGGUAUUUUGUUUUUCCAAAUACAUGCAAAGAUAGCUUUAAACAUUCACCUUCAACAAAACCUUGUAUUCCAAAUUUUUCUCCCUCUCCUCCCCCCAGCUCUCCCCUUCCCAAGACACAAUCUGAUAUAGAUUAAAUGUGCAAUUAUUCUAAACAUAUUUCCAUAAUCAUCACAUUGAACACACACACACACAUACACACACACACACAUCACAUCAAAAGGGGAAAAAAUGAGAAAAAAAGUUCUUAAAUAAGCAAACAAUAUAAAGGUGAAAAUUCUCUGCUUUGAUCCACAUUCAGUUUUCAUAGUUUUCUCUCUGGAUGGGGAUGGUUCUUUCCAUCAUAAGUGUAUUGGAAUUACCUUGAAUCACCUGAUUGUUGGAAAGAGCCAAGUCCAAAUCAGCUGAUCAUCACAUAAUCUUGUUGUUGUGUAUAAUGAUCUCCUGGUUCUGCUCAUUUCACUCAUCAUCAGUUCGUGGAAGUCUCUCCAGGCCUCUCUGAAAUCAGCCUAUUCCUCAUUACUUACAGAACCAUAAUAUUCGAUACAUUCAUACCCCAUAACUUAUUCAAGCCAUUUCCCAAAUUGAUGGGCAUCCAUUCAGUUUCCAGUUUCUUACCACUAUGAAAAGGGCUGCUACAAACAGUUUUCCAUAUGUGGAUCCUUUCCCCUCUUUUAGGGUCUCUGGGAUACAGACCCUUAGUCAAUCUGAGAGAUAUGAAGUGAUAGCUCAAAGUGAAAUAGAAGAUUCUUGAGAGAGGAAGAAUGACUGUUACAGCAAGGUCCUAGUUGAGGCAGAAGGAAAUGGGUUCAAGGGUUCCAGGAGCAGGAUUAACCUUAAGCAAAAUUCAUUUGGUCUCACUAACACCACUUUCCUAUCUUUCCUCACACUGUGCUUCUCCCUGGAGUGCCCCUCAGAUAUGGCUUUAUUACUGGUAUUGGGAUUUACUGAAGUGAGGGAACCUGAUGGAGAAAGGAGAAACUACACUGGACUCGGGAAUCAAAAGGCCGGGGUUCCAAUUCAAUUAAACAUAAGCUCCUUGAGGGUAGAUAUAAUGUCAUUUUUGUUUAGUAUGCCCUUGACUUAAUGCUUAAAGUCCUUCAGGCCUACUCAAAACUUUGAAAUAGAUGAAGCCUUACUGAUUUUCACAAGUGUCUUGAAAGAUCUCACUUUAUCUCGUUCAGUAUCACCAUGUACCAUAACUUGUCAUAUGCUUAAGCAGAUGCUUAAGAAAACGCUUUGUAUGUUUCACUCUUGUAUUUGUACGUGUAUCAGGAUGUGAUUAAAGCUUACAGGAUGAACUUGUCUUCAUCUCUUAGUAGUUCUUAUACCACAAAAGGAAGCUGGGAAGGUAGCAGAAUAGGAAACCCUUCUGCAAUUCUGCAAUUGUUUUAGUAAGGGUUCAUCUACUCAUUCAGCUUGAAGACUUCCAGCAGGUGAGCACAGACUAUGUGGGUAUUCAUUCACUCCCUCAUCCACCCAUACAUUCAGGAGAUAGUAUGAAAAGUGACUUCUUUGCCUAAGAACACAACUUUUUCUUUCUUUCUUUGUUAAAACCUCCAAAGCUAUCUGAGGAUUGACUAACUAGAUUUCUGAACUAAACUCAAAACACCAACAAUAGGUCCCAGGCCUAGCCCUACCAGGCCAUUGUUUGAGCCCAAAUGUAAAUAGCAUUUGAUUCAGUUUGGGCCAGAAAUCCUAAGGGGCUUACCCUCCCUGAUUGCAUUUUUGUUUGUUUGUUUCAACUCUUAUUUAGCUUUAAUCGCUGGAUGGGUGUUUCCUCAGUCAAACUAAAUCCAGGGCGGUCUUCCUAAUCUCUCCAUUUGGCCUGGGGACACAGAUGGCUCUGGAAAGGAAAGUGAGGCAGGUGACCUUGCCCAGCCCCACCCUCCCUGAAAUCCAAUUCCCCUCCAUGUCACCUUUCUGAGGUCACGGGUCUCUCUGACAAGGAAGGACAGACAACAAGUUUGGCCUAGUUAUAGAUCUGCCACUGGCUCGGAAUCAUGGGAUCCUCCAGAGUGUGGCUUCUUAAACUCUUCCUAUUUGUGACCCCUUUUCGUCCCGGUACAGAGGGAUAUAAAAUAAGUAUACAAACCAAAGUUUUAGUGAGAAUAAAGUUUUAACCCUGUCUGGGCUCAUGACACAUACUUUAAGAAGCUGGACUCUAGAGGCUAAUCAAGAUCCUCCUUUCAAAUCACGAACGCGUGGGGUUGAAUCUCGUGCCUGAUGCUUGCUUACUUAGCUGUGUGGCCAGGAACAACUCUGGUCACCGGCCCACGGGGCAGCUCGCUCUUGGGGAUCUUGGGAGCUUUCAAUGAAAAGUAGCAUGCCCAGUGCUUUGAUCACUUGAAAUGAAAUCCAUGUAAAUAUCAGCUGUCACGCCUAGAGCUGUCCCAGCGGAACCACAGAGUUAAGAGUAGCAGGGGAGCUCGGAUGGGAAAAGUGAGGCAACACAGAGUGGGAUGGGGAUGACGCAGCGCCCCCGGACUCCCUCGGGGGCGCACUCGGAGGGCAAAGCCGGGGCUGAGGCGCUCAGGCCGCAGCCCAGCUCUCAGCUCACCUCCGCGCGCUUUCGCCUAACCCUGCCUCCGACCGUCCGGAGGCGCUGCGCCCGACCGGCUCGCGCCGUUUCUCAGAAGCGGCGGUCUCUCUCUCUCUUUCGCGCGCGCGCGUGCACUCGUAUCCGCCCAGUCGCAGUCGUGCUCGGCUCGUAGUCUGCCAGUCACUCCGCGGUGGGUUGUGCCUGUGCCCGGUAUGGGCCGGACCUGUGGCCACGGGGCGGGGCAAAGUGAGACGCAGAUCCAGCCACGGCGGCUGCAGCUAUAGUGACGGGAGACGGGGGGCGGAGAAGGGAGAGAAAAGGCAGCUAGCCCCUCGGGGUCCCUCGCCCCGCCUCCCCCCCCCCCCUCUUCUCGGCCUGUAAAGAGAAAAACAACAUGGCGGCUCUUCCGGUACGGCCGGGAAGUGGGUGCCCUCUGACCCCGGAAGUAGAUGACCGCCGGUUCCGUCCUUCCCCAAAAUGGCGGAGGCGGUGGCGGCGGCGACUGAAGACGAAGAGGAGAUAGUAGGGCCCCGACUGCCGCAGCUACUAGAGACCGGCCGCCGGCUAUUAGGUGAAGUCGAGGACACCAACGAGUCGACGAACUCCAGGUUUAUCCAGGAGAAGGUGAAGCAAGGUUUGGAAAGCUUGGAGAAAGCUUCCCGCAUGAUGGCGCAGCUUGACCUGUUCAGCCCUAAUGAAGACUUGGAAGAAAUUUCUUCCACCGACCUCAAGUAUCUCUUGGUACCGGCUCUCCAGGGAGCUCUCACUUUGAAGCAGAUCAGCUUCAAUCACAGGUUGGAACAAGUACAAACUGCCCGUGCCCACUUCAUGGACUUUUUAAAGCAAUGUCAGAACUACCAGGUCACAAAGUUUGAGCUUCCCUCAACCCAGGAUAACCCCCCUGGAAAAAAAUCGUUCGAUGGGCCCACGGGAAGCCAGCAAAGCCUCGUUGCCAUGGCGUCCCACAGACAAGCCAAAAUAGAGAGAUACAAGCAGAAGAAGGAGCUGGAGAACAAGUUGGCAUCUCUGGAAUCUGCUGUAGAAAAUGGCCGAGCAGAUGAGGAACAAGUUCGAGAAUAUUACCUGCUUCACUUACAGAAGUGGGUCAACAUCAGUUUGGAGGAGAUUGAGAGCAUCGACCAAGAAAUAGUGAUCCUGAAAGCCCGAGACUUGGGAAAACAGCCAUCAACUUCUCGGGUGCCUCCUCAGAACAGAGCUCCAACCAAACCUUUUAUCCUCACUCGGGACACUGCCCAGGCCAAGGUAUUUGGCUCUGGCUAUCCCAGCUUGGCGACCAUGACAGUGAAUGACUGGUAUGAGCAACGCCAAAAAUGGGACACAUUCAAGAAUUCAAAAGUGACCCUCAAUCAGGAGGCAGAUCAAGAUGAGGAUCAGGAAACAAAGUCAGAAGAGGAUGAUGAAGAGUCAUUACUCAAAAAGCGUAAUUGGGACGACUGGAAGGACACACAUCCACGGGGUUAUGGCAACCGGCAGAAUAUGGGUUAAUUUCAUCAAGAAGAAAUAGGACCAGAGGGGCUCGAAUCUUCGCCUCCAAAGGAAAGUUGUACAGGUUCCCACUCCCCUGCCCUCCUCCCUCUCCCGUGUACAAUGACAUCAGAGACAGUUCAUCUUGCUGUGCAUUCAAUAAAGUGUCAAAAGACUUAAGUGUGCACUUGUAGCCUAGCUGAUGAGCUGACAGCUGUUGCAGACGUCACACUUGAGCAGAGAUUCCCAGUUUCCCAGACAUUCCCAAGUAAGUGGAAAGGAAAAAGCAAUGAGAAAUGGCUCUGUAUUAUUGAUUGUUGUAUGGAUUGUUUAAAAAGAUAAAGUCCCAUGCGUUUUAAGCCUCCAUGGAACCAAGCCCUUUCCUAGGCCGGGCUACGUAGAAGCCGCUUGUCCAUGGAAGAUCUCAGUGAAUUCUUUACACUCGUAACCACUGGUGACAACCCCCUUCUGCCCUCCAAGUACUUUGGGCACCGUGGCAUUUACAAAAGGACAGAAUCAGGGGCCAAGAUUUUCCCUGCCUCUUGGCAUCAUUUUCAGGAAUCAGCAACAGGGCCAUAACUGAACUCUGGUGGACACCCAAGGCCAGCCUUCACAGACUGUUCCUCAGGCACUACUUGAAGCAGUUUGCAAAUAACAACAGUGCCUUAGGGGUCUCACCAGCACUCGCUUUGGUCCCACGUGGAGGCUAUGACAGGGACGUGAGAUCCUGGGACUUCUUCUGGUGCCACUGCUUCCCACCUCUUUUCUUCACCUUAAGUUCAUUGAAGUCAACAAUUCUUCCCUUGCAGCUCUUCCGAGAGCUUUGUUUGCUAAUUCAUAACUGACAUCUUGCAGAGAUCGUCCGUUGUCUUCUCGGAGGCCACAGGCUACAGAUUUGCAGAAACGUUUGCCGGGUCUUGAAGAGGAGGGGGAGCUGGCUCAGGCCCUCAUCUUCGGCAUUUUAUUGCUUGUGAUGCACAGUACGUCUACUCCGGGAUCUGUCAUCUCAGCAGUAUGGCCAUUUCUUCCAACAUGUCUUCCCUAAGGACUUUAGAAGCAGCAUUCAAGGUUCUCAGAACUGGGAGAGUCCAUACAGUAGUCAAAUGUCCUUCCUUGGGUUCUUUGGACAGCAAGAGGAUAGUGUUGGAGAGCUGCCUGCUAGUUGUCUCUUGCUCUCAGCACGUGACAAGACUUCUCUUUUGAAAUCAUACGUCUCUUGAUGAUACCCCGCUCCGUAAUUCCUUGCCCGGACCCUGCUCAGGCUCCCCAAGAGCCUCUCCGUUAUCCCCUGGAUGGUCUUCGACAUGGCUUCUGUGGAGAUUAUCAUGUUCCAUUUCUCAGCAGCAUAUCCCCAGACGUAUUCAAUAAUUAGGACUGAUUUAACUCCUUUGAAAGAGAAGCUUGGGCUCGUUCAAAGAACUCUGCAGUUGCAUAGAAGCAAUUUCACUUGUUCUCUUCCUCACGUGCAGUUUGGGGCCUAAUUCAUCAUCCCUGGGAUAUCUACUGAUGGAUGGGUUCCGUAUACUGUCCAUUCAAAUACAUUUCAUCUGCUGGGCGAUACAGUCUUCCUCCAUUUGUUUUUUGGGUUUUUUUCCUGCUAUGGAGUGUUAGACCCAACGCUUCAAAGAAAUUUGUGGAUAUCGUUUACGAGGCUCUAUCCAUCCUGCAGCGUUCUGGAGUCUUGAAGCGGUCAGAGGAGCGUCAUUCCAUGCCACAGAAGCUUCUAGCGCGCAUCAGCAUCUCUAGAGAGUCCCUCCGCCAUCUGGACCCCGCAUCGGAUCUUCUCCAGGACGGGAGCAGAGAGAUCUGGCGAGCACACAUAUUCUAGUUUCUGCCUUGCUUAAUAGAUUUCUAAGUAGUGGGUCUUGGAACAAGGUUGUGUUUCAUGUUUUAGGGGACAGUGUAUACCAUUGACAUGCAGAGGACCCAAAUCAGAGGAGAGCUUUUAAGGUGGUGGUUUGCUCUACCGAAUCCAAUGCUUGUUUUAUUUGAUAAACAGUAAGCACAGUGGAAUCUCAUACUCUCAGUCAGUUAUGUGAUAGUCAAAAUACUUUGUGGAAUUUCAAUUGUGAAAGGCUGCUUGCUGAUUUCUAAUAACUUUAUUAAGUAUGCACUCAAUGUGUGUAGAUUAUUCUUAGAAAAUUUUAUAUAGGCAGGGAAAGUAGUUGCAGAUAGUCUCUAGGUCCCCUUUCUCUUCUUUUUAGUAAUAAAAAGUCUGAGCUAUUUUUUCAUGCGUUAGCAUCUUCCCUUUCAGCUACCUUGAGAAUAAGUCUUAGUGCCCUUUAAAUGAUGUUACCUCCUAACUGAUUUUCUCAUCUUCAGUUGCCAUUUCUACUUCCUCAUGUGCGCUUAAAAGUACAUGUGAUAGCUUUGCUGCCUUGAUGGUGGGAAAAGUUUAUUAAUCAAGAUAAUUGCAGAUAUUUUCCAUCUUUGAUCUCUUUAUCCUUCUAUUUUCAUCCUUUAAUGCUCUGAGGAUGGAUGCCUAUUCUAGUUGGGUCUCUCAUCAACACUUCUUCAACCUUCUACUGCUUCCCAUGGUUUUAAGAGGUAGUGUCCUCCAUAACCUUCCGCCAUCUGCUUCCAUCAGAUUUUUACAAACUUGUUUAUAUUCUAGAUGCGUAGUGUUCUUGUCUGCCAUCCCUCCAUUCAGCAAACGGAUCAAGUGUUUGUUGACUAAGGCAGUUUUCAGGAUCUUUGAGACUCGUAAUUAUGGCAAUUGAUUUACAUGGGUUAAACUAUAUGAAACUGUUAUAAUAAUAAUCGUCAAUGUCUUGUCUCCAUUUAUUUCUCACUUUUUAGAGUCUACUUGUUUAAGUCCGAUCAGAGUUGAUUUAAUUGCAUGCCAUAUCAUUUCCUCAUUUUUAUUUUGCUGGUUUUGUAUUACUUUUCACUUUUAUUCUAACAAGUCGGGUGGUCUUGACUGUAUCCAGACAGCUGAUUCAGGAACGAUUCUUGCAUCAGUGAUGAGUCAUUACCUAUCUAUCUGUUAAAAUGGUAAUUAAAUGUUUCAUUACGUAAUUUGGUGCUUAACAUUUUGAGCAUAUUAUAAUUCUCGUCAGGCCAGUUGGUGGUGAACUACUUGGCUGUGGUAAAAGCAAAAUCAUGGAAAGAAAAAUGAGUAAUGGUUUUCAUUUUUAUACAGGGCUUGGCCUAGGCCAAACCUAUGGUGUUAUUAUGAGUACCAUGGUUUAGUGGUUCGUAGCAUGUGUGUGUAUUUUGGAAGAAGGGAUUUAUAACACAAAUUCUAGGCCCAGAAUACCUGGGCCCAGCUCUUGAGCUGACAUCCAGAAGACUGAAUGUACUAAAAAAAUUUUGUGUAGGAAAUAAAUGCUCUCUUAAGAA